CUUUAAUCGGUUGAACUUACCAUAAAAUAAUAAUUAUUCAAUGUUUACCAUUACUCAGUUUUACUUGUCCUAAUAUUAAACAUAGCAUAAAAUGGAGAACGAGAGCUCUUUACUAUUUCUGGUAGAAGAAAGAAUCAAAACCUUCAAAAAUUGGCCUUUCAAUGACAAGAACAAGUGUAACGUGCGAAAUAUGGCAGAGGCAGGUUUUUAUAGCGUAGCAACGGGUGUUGAAGACGCCGAUGCAGCAAAAUGCUUCUUAUGUGGGAAAGAACUAGAUGGCUGGGAGUCCACUGAUGAUCCAUGGAUCGAACACAAGAGCCACGCCGCUCAGUGCGCAUUUGUACAACUCGGAAAGAAAGAAGAUGACUUAUUACUUUCUGAGAAUCUAUCAGUUAUAAAACAGUAUAUGAUUAAUGAAACAAAACAGAUUGGUGAGAUUGCCAAAGAAAAAAUUGACAAAAAGGCUAAAUCAAUCCAAAGAAAAUGCUUAGCAAGGAAAUAAGACAAAUAAACUAUUACAGGCUGA